AUGAAUAAAUGAUUGAACAAAUGACUGCCGUCGUUGUGUGUUCCUCCUUCAUCAUUGCUAUGUCGUGCUCGGGAAGCUCCCUGGGUGCGGGUGUGUAUGCGUGUCUUGUAUCAAAAGGAGUGUUCAUCAAUGAGUCGGCAUUGCACGGAUGCGUGAGCAAUUUAUAUCAGGGCUCAAAUCUAUUGCUGACAAAGUUGUGCGGGUAA